GGUCACGUGACUGAAGAUGAUGCUACUUCUUUUGCCCUACACCAUUCAUAUCGCCGCUGUCGUCUGUGGACGUGAUGUUGAUUGGUGCAAUUCCGCAUCUGAACUCAGUCUUCACGAGAAUGAUAUCUUUGAGCUACCCAAAGUACAUCUUUCGGAGAUAUCGAUGACAAACGUGACUGUCGAAAAUCGACAGGUAAUUGCCAUGGUAGAUACGGGACAACCGUUUGUAGUUCAGAGUGUAACCAGUGGAUGGAAGGCGACGAUGACUUGGAAUCACAAGUACUUCAGGAAAAUAUUGAAUGAAGGAGACUUAGUUUCAUCUACGUUUGCCACACCUUUGAAGCCAAAAUUUGGAGUAUCUGAACACGUCAGAAAUAGAACCUAUUAUGGUGCUUUUUUAAAUAGCUUCCAACUUUCAGAAACGUUGAGAAAGGAGUAUGAGUAUCCCAAGUUUAUUCCUGAAAGCUGGUUUGCAGCAGCUGGGGGUAAUGAAUGGUUGCAUUGGGGAUGGGCACCAUGUGGAGCAAAGAGGCACAUGGACUUGAUGUGCACAAGCAGGAUAUCUGUUCAGGUCAAGGGAUCUAAACUAUGGAGGCUGUAUCCACUAUUAAACAAUAGUGAUCUGCACAGACACAGAUUAGGAUCAUGGUCUCAGAUCAUGAAGCCACUAGCUGUUAAUCUAACUCAAGGUGACGCUCUAGUGUGGAUGCCAGGCUGGGAGCAUGAGACUGAGAUUCUGGGGGACGAAGAAUCAGUGAGCCUUUCUCUCCAUUUUUUGCCAACAAGUACUCUGUAUCAAAGAACAUUUGCUACGUUUUUAAAUAACAGGGUGAUGAACUGUGCAUGGGAAAACAUGUAGGUUAAGUUAAGCAAGAUGACUAUUGAAGAAAUUCAGGAAUACAAAGUUUGACUGUCCAUGCAUUGGUGCUAUGAAGUGACAACAGUAUAGUCAGCCUACUAUAAGACCAUGGCUCUGGAUGUCUUGAUCGAUGAGUUGUACGUGUUAUAUUGAGGUCGAGAAAUGAUAGAGAAAUACCCAGUGUUUAUUACCACUAGACAGUAUUGACAACACUAUCAAUAUGAA